CCUUCAGGCGAGCCAGGCAAGUGGGGCGACCGGGCUCACUACCGAGCUGCUCCUUCCUGCCGGACCUGAGGUUCCAGAACUCGCUUCGCAGUUGCCUCAGGUGAUGGGGCCAAAUGCAGAGACGUCGCCGACAUAGCCGCCCGGACGCUCUCUUCUCAGAUAGCCUUCUGGAUGUUCAGUCCCCUUCCAGUCUCUAGACUUGUUGAUGGUCUGGUCCCCACAGCCAUUAUACGAGUGAAUGACUCAUUACCCAUUAUCCUCCCAGCACCAAGGAGAUCCAGUCUUGCUACUGUCCAAGUCCAGUCAUGCAGGGUCAGGAAGAUGGAGACAGCAUCCUUCCUUUUGCCAAGUGUUCCAGAGUGGUUAGCCGAUUUUCACCCUGCAGCCUGCCUCCCCAGAAUCGCAGACCAAUGCCUCAGCCUUAUGGAGAUGCCUUCUGGGAGAAUCUUAGCCAAAGGUCUAGCUCCAACUGGAUGGUAGAACAGUACAUUCCACCAAUUCUGAGGGCCACUGAUGGCCCCCGGCCUGGCCUGCACCCUCUUGAGGGGCUCCCUCCUCCUGAGAAGCUUUGGAGAAGAAAGAGAAAGAAGCUGCAUUUGGAAAGAAUGCAGAAGGGACCUGGAAGCAUUCCAGCCCGAGUUAGAGCAGUUACAUAUCAUCUGGAGGACCUGAGAAGGCGCCAGGGAAUCAUCAAUGAACUGAAGAGGGCCCAGUGGGGCAGCUCUGAUGCUACACCUGAACUUCCAGCACUUGAAGAGGGCUUUGAACUCCUAAGCACUACAAAAUACUUUGACGUGGAAGAAGAGAGGGCAACCUAUCCACAGAAAGAGACUUAUUCUGUCACUCCCAGAGAUCAGCUGCUUUGGACUCCCUGGACUCCUGUAGGCCAGCAGGGGACUUAUGCCUCUGGGCAGCUAAGCUCUCUGACCUACAGCACUGCUACAGCCAGAAAGAACCCCGUUUACAAUCCCCAGAGAAUGGAGUUGGAGUCUGAGGAGUAGUGGGAAAUCAUCCAGGCCCAAGCUACGGGACCCAAGACCAAUUCAAACAUCAAGACUCCCUAGUGCUGGCUUCAGAGCGGAUGUUUUCUAUCUCCUAACCCUAACUGUUGUCUCCAUCCCAUAGCGUAGGCAUUCACAGCCCACUUGCGUUCCUAUCCAACUGUCCAGUCCACUCGCAGCCGGGUUUUUCUCUAGGCCAGACCCUGGUCUUGUGUUCUCUCUGUUCUGUUAUUAAAGAGCACCAAGUAGU